CUCCCUGCUCUUUCGCUCCCUGCUCUUUCGCUCCCUGCUCUUUCGCUCCCUGCUCUUUCGCUCCCUGCUCUUUCGCUCACUUCUCUUUCGCUCCCUGCUCUUUCGCUCACUUCUCUUUCGCUCCCUGCUCUUUCGCUCACUUCUCUUUCGCUCCCUGCUCUUUCGCUCACUUCUCUUUCGCUCCCUGCUCUUUCGCUCACUUCUCUUUCGCUCCCUGCUCUUUCGCUCACUUCUCUUUCGCUCCCUGCUCUUUCGCUCACUUCUCUUUCGCUCCCUGCUCUUUCGCUCCCUGCUCUUUCGCUCCCUGCUCUUUCGCUCACUUCUCUUUCGCUCCCUGCUCUUUCGCUCACUUCUCUUUCGCUCCCUGCUCUUUCGCUCACUUCUCUUUCGCUCCCUGCUCUUUCGCUCACUUCUCUUUCGCUCCCUGCUCUUUCGCUCACUUCUCUUUCGCUCCCUGCUCUUUCGCUCACUUCUCUUUCGCUCCCUGCUCUUUCGCUCACUUCUCUUUCGCUCCCUGCUCUUUCGCUCACUUCUCUUUCGCUCCCUGCUCUUUCGCUCACUUCUCUUUCGCUCCCUGCUCUUUCGCUCACUUCUCUUUCGCUCCCUGCUCUUUCGCUCCCUGCUCUUUCGCUCCCUGCUCUUUCGCUCACUUCUCUUUCGCUCCCUGCUCUUUCGCUCACUUCUCUUUCGCUCCCUGCUCUUUCGCUCACUUCUCUUUCGCUCCCUGCUCUUUCGCUCACUUCUCUUUAGCUCCCUGCUCUUUCGCUCCCUGCUCUUUCGCUCCCUGCUCUUUCGCUCCCUGCUCUUUCGCUCCCUGCUCUUUCGCUCACUUCUCUUUCGCUCCUGCUCUUUCGCUCACUUCUCUUUCGCUCCCUGCUCUUUCGCUCACUUCUCUUUCGCUCCCUGCUCUUUCGCUCACUUCUCUUUCGCUCCCUGCUCUUUCGCUCACUUCUCUUUCGCUCCCUGCUCUUUCGCUCACUUCUCUUUCGCUCCCUGCUCUUUCGCUCACUUCUCUUUCGCUCCCUGCUCUUUCGCUCCCUGCUCUUUCGCUCCCUGCUCUUUCGCUCACUUCUCUUUCGCUCCCUGCUCUUUCGCUCACUUCUCUUUCGCUCCCUGCUCUUUCGCUCACUUCUCUUUCGCUCCCUGCUCUUUCGCUCACUUCUCUUUCGCUCCCUGCUCUUUCGCUCACUUCUCUUUCGCUCCCUGCUCUUUCGCUCACUUCUCUUUCGCUCCCUGCUCUUUCGCUCACUUCUCUUUCGCUCCCUGCUCUUUCGCUCCCUGCUCUUUCGCUCCCUGCUCUUUCGCUCACUUCUCUUUCGCUCCCUGCUCUUUCGCUCACUUCUCUUUCGCUCCCUGCUCUUUCGCUCCCUGCUCUUUCGCUCCCUGCUCUUUCGCUCCCUGCUCUUUCGCUCCCUGCUCUUUCGCUCACUUCUCUUUCGCUCCCUGCUCUUUCGCUCACUUCUCUUUCGCUCCCUGCUCUUUCGCUCACUUCUCUUUCGCUCCCUGCUCUUUCGCUCCCUGCUCUUUCGCUCCCUGCUCUUUCGCUCCCUGCUCUUUCGCUCCCUGCUCUUUCGCUCCCUGCUCUUUCGCUCACUUCUCUUUCGCUCCCUGCUCUUUCGCUCACUUCUCUUUCGCUCCCUGCUCUUUCGCUCCCUGCUCUUUCGCUCCCUGCUCUUUCGCUCACUUCUCUUUCGCUCCCUGCUCUUUCGCUCACUUCUCUUUCGCUCCCUGCUCUUUCGCUCACUUCUCUUUCGCUCCCUGCUCUUUCGCUCACUUCUCUUUCGCUCCCUGCUCUUUCGCUCCCUGCUCUUUCGCUCCCUGCUCUUUCGCUCCCUGCUCUUUCGCUCCCUGCUCUUUCGCUCACUUCUCUUUCGCUCCCUGCUCUUUCGCUCACUUCUCUUUCGCUCCCUGCUCUUUCGCUCACUUCUCUUUCGCUCCCUGCUCUUUCGCUCACUUCUCUUUCGCUCCCUGCUCUUUCGCUCACUUCUCUUUCGCUCCCUGCUCUUUCGCUCCCUGCUCUUUCGCUCCCUGCUCUUUCGCUCACUUCUCUUUCGCUCCCUGCUCUUUCGCUCCCUGCUCUUUCGCUCCCUGCUCUUUCGCUCCCUGCUCUUUCGCUCCCUGCUCUUUCGCUCACUUCUCUUUCGCUCCCUGCUCUUUCGCUCACUUCUCUUUCGCUCCCUGCUCUUUCGCUCACUUCUCUUUCGCUCCCUGCUCUUUUGCUCCCUGCUCUUUCGCUCCCUGCUCUUUCGCUCCCUGCUCUUUCGCUCCCUGCUCUUUCGCUCCCUGCUCUUUCGCUCACUUCUCUUUCGCUCCCUGCUCUUUCGCUCACUUCUCUUUCGCUCCCUGCUCUUUCGCUCACUUCUCUUUCGCUCCCUGCUCUUUCGCUCACUUCUCUUUCGCUCCCUGCUCUUUCGCUCACUUCUCUUUCGCUCCCUGCUCUUUCGCUCACUUCUCUUUCGCUCCCUGCUCUUUCGCUCACUUCUCUUUCGCUCCCUGCUCUUUCGCUCCCUGCUCUUUCGCUCCCUGCUCUUUCGCUCCCUGCUCUUUCGCUCCCUGCUCUUUCGCUCACUUCUCUUUCGCUCCCUGCUCUUUCGCUCACUUCUCUUUCGCUCCCUGCUCUUUCGCUCACUUCUCUUUUGCUCCCUGCUCUUUCGCUCACUUCUCUUUUGCUCCCUGCUCUGUUGCUCACUGCUCUUUCGCUCCCUGCUCUUUCACUCCCUGCUCUUUCGCUCCCUGCUCUGUUGCUCCCUGCUCUUUCGCUCCCUGCUCUUUCUGGUUUCGCUCUUUCGCUCCCUGCUCUGUUGCUCCCUGCUGUUUCACUCCCUGCUCUUUUGCUCCCUGCUCUGUUGCUCCCUGCUCUUUCGCUCCCUGCUCUGUUGCUCCCUGCUCUUUCGCUCACUUCUCUUUUGCUCCCUGCUCUGUUUCUCCCUGCUCUUUCGCUCCCUUCUCUGUUGCUCCCUGCUCUUUCGCUCCCUGCUCUUUCACUCCCUGCUCUUUCGCUCCCUGCUCUGUUGCUCCCUGCUCUUUCGCUCCCUGCUCUUUCUGGUUUCGCUCUUUCGCUCCCUGCUCUGUUGCUCCCUGCUGUUUCACUCCCUGCUCUUUUGCUCCCUGCUCUGUUGCUCCCUGCUCUUUCGCUCCCUGCUCUGUUGCUCCCUGCUCUUUUGCUCCCUGCUCUGUUGCUCCCUGGUCUUUCGCUCCCUGCUCUGUUGCUCCCUGCUCUUUCUGCUUUCACCUUCUUUUGCAUGCAACCACCGGCCAGCCAUGCCAUGUCUACCGCUGCAUUGCAUAACUGUCGCUUUGACUCACCAGACCGGCUGUUCACGAACGGGCGCUUUGACUCACCGGACCGGCUGUUCACGGGGCUGCAGGAGUCGUGGGAGAGUGUGCUGUCUAACGCCACUGACGUCAAGGAGCUCAUCCCCCACUUCUUCUCUCUGCCUGCGCACUUCCUCCGCCUCCCCCCGGACCUCAAUCUAGGCACGCGCCAGAACGGAGUCCCAAUUGGCGACGUGGAGCUGCCUCCGUGGGCGAGCGAUGCAGAGGAUUUCAUCGUAAAGCACGUGCAGGCUCUGGAAAGCGAGUGGGUGUCGGCGAAUCUCCACCAUUGGAUCGACCUGAUCUUCGGAUACAAGCAGCGAGGCAAGGCAGCAGAGGAAGCAGACAACCUGUUCCAUCCCCUCACCUAUGAAGGCGCAGUGGAUUUGGACUCGCUCAGCAGCUUUGUGGAGAGGAGAGGCUUCGAGACUCAGAUCAACGAGUUUGGUCAAACGCCAAGGCAGCUCUUCAUCCAUCCCCACCCGCAGCGCUCCCCACGUGCCACACCCAGCGUUGACUCCCUGCCCUUCUGUGACCCCUCCACUGCCGUCCACCUCCUCAUGCGCCUCCUGCCUCUCCUGCCCUCCGCCUCUGCUGCUGCUGCUGUCGUGCCUGCUACUGGUGAUGCCACCGAUACUCUUGCUGCUACUGCUCCUAGUGCUGGUGGCAGCACGAGUGUUGAUUCUAGUGUUUUAGUUGGCACUCAAGCCACCAGUGGUAGUGGUGGCAUUGGUGCUGCUCUGACCUCCAAUGGGUCUGAUGUGGCUGGUUCAUCUGCUACCAGCCGUGAUGCUUGCAAGGAUGCUGCUGCUGCUGCCGCUGAUACCGGAUGGGCUGUAGAUGGUGCUGCAGCAUCAGCAGCAGGAACAGCAACAGCAGCAGCAGCAGCGAGUGCUGCACAUAAAGACCGCAGCGAUGUGGAGCGGGGUGCGAUUUUGCCUACAGUAGCACUGGCAGGAGAAGAAGAGAGGGCAGCAGGCGCAGGUGCUCCUGCAGAGCCAAGCUCAGGAGCAGGGGCUGCAGGUGCAGGCGGUGUGGGCUUAGCAGCAACUGAAGCAGCAGCAGCUUCAUCAUCAGCAGCAAUAGGAGGAGCGGCAGUGGAAAAAGCAACCUCACUAGAGCCACCACCACCAUCACCACCAGCACAAGCUGCAGGUUCUAGUACCAGUGCACUGCGCCAGGUCAGCGCCACGUCAGACAGUACAGCUGGCGCGGCUGCGGAUGGAAGCAGUGAGACAGGGGGCACAGGUGGCAUGGCGAACAGUAGCGGGAUGGUGGAAGAAGACGAGACGGGGAGGCUGAAGGCGCUGCAGGGGGCGGUGGGUCUGGGAAGCUUCAAUGCCAGGCGAGCAGCGCAGGGCAGGGGCUCUAUGGGCUCUGCAGGUGCUGCGGUCAAUGCAGUCAAUGCAGUCAAUGCAGCUGGUGCUGCUGGUGUGGCAAGAGCCGCAGCAGUGAGAGAGGAAGAGGAGAUGGCGGCGCUGAGAGAGUGGCUGGACGAGGCUGGGGUGGGGCGAGGAGGGGACGAGCAUGCCUGCUCGCCUCCCUUCUCCCCCACUGCGCCCUUCCCUGCCUUUCAGCCGUCACCUGUAGUGGGAAGCAGCGAUGUGAGCAGUGCAGUGAGCAUCAGGGCGAACGGCAAGGCAAGCAGAACAGAAGGUGGUGUGGGCAGCAGUGAGACGAGCAGAAGCAGUGAGAGGAGCAGGAGCGACAACGAUGGCAGCGGCAGCGGGAGGAGGAGGGCGAGAGUGCGGCGAGUGAAGGCGCAUCGGGGGCCGGUGGUUGCGCUGGCGCUGGCAGAGCAUGCAGAAUCGCACGACUUGCUGCUCACCACAGCGGGCGCUGAUGGCAUGGUGAAGGUCUUCUCAGUGGAGUCGCAGCAGCAGCUGAGGUCAGCGCGAGUUGGCAGCCUCCCAUUGGCCAGCAUGGCGCUGCUGCCGCCCCUUCCGUCCCACUGCUACCCAUCAGUGCUGCUGGGCUCAUCAGAUGAUUAUGUGUGGCUCUACUCGCCUGACUUCGGUCGAUGCCUCUCCAAGAUGCAUGCACACGACGACACGGUGUCAUGCAUUCAGGUCAGCCAGUGGGGCGCUGACACGUGUCUGUUCACAGCAUCAUGGGACGGCAGUGUGAAGCAGUGGAGCAUGGCCCACUCGCCCUUCCUCUCCGCCUCGCCCUUCGCCUCCUUCUCCUCCUCCUCGCCCCACUCCCAUGGCGGCUCAGACACAUUAGUCCACCCUCCUCCUCUAGCGGAGCUCAAUCAGCAUGACGCACCUAUCACAUCGCUCCAAGUGGCCAUCCCUGCCACGUCAGCAUGGCCCCUUGCUGCCUCAGGGUCAGCCAAUGGUGCUGUGCUGCUGUGGGACAUGCGUGCGCCCCCCUCGGCAUCUGUCCCUUGGAGCUGCCGCCUCUCCCCUCUCACCACCACCACCGCCCCCACGUCGCCACUAGCAGUGACAGGGCUGGUGUUCUCGUAUGGGGGACUGCACGUCACUGCUGCCGACUCCACGGGGGGGCUCAGAGUGCUGGAGAUGCGCAUGGGCGGUGCUGAGCUGGCAUCUCAGCACUGUCCAGGUGGCGGCCUCACGUGCUGCCAGCCUCUCGGCGAUCAGUCUGUCCUCGCUGGCAGGGUCUCGCACAUUAGGUCAGCCCAUCCACUCCACACUUAUGCGCCUUCUCCUUCUCCUCCUCCCCUCCCCACCCCGCAUUCUUAUGGUGCCUCAGACAGAACAGACGACCAAAUCACACCCUACCUCCAACCCGCUUCUUUGUCUUCCCCCCCUCCACCCCCCUCCCUCCCUCAUUGCACCUCCAUUUUUUCUGUCCUCCUUCCCCCUUCGUUCCAUACUCCUUCCCCUCUCCUUCCGUUCCGUCCGCCUUCCCAUCAUCUCUCCUCACCAGUCCACCCUCCUCCUCCAGCGGAGUCUAAUCAGCACCGCGCGCGAAGCACAUCGCUCCAAGUGGCCAUCCCUGCCACGUCAGCGUGGCCCCUUGCUGCCUUGGGGUCAGCCAAUGGCUCAGUUCUACUGUGGGACAUGCGAGCGCCUCCCAUUGCCUCUGUCCCGUGGAGGUGCCGCAUCUCCCCUCUCACCACAACCCCCAAUAUUAUUCACUCUCUCACUGCUCCCACACAUCCCUCCCCUCCCUUCCAGGCGCUGUGCUGCGGUGGGACAGGCGAGCGCCCUCUUCUGCCUACAUCUCCCCCAUCUCAUCAAUCACUCUCCCACCUUUCCUCCCCCACACAUCCCUCCCCUCCCCCAGGCGCUGUGCUGCUGUGGGACAAGCGAGCGCCCUCUGCGGCCUGUGUCCCCUGGAGGAGCCACCUCUCCCCUCUCACCAACACCACCAUAGUAAAACCCUCUCUCACUUCUCCUCCCACACGCCCCCCUCCCCUUUCCAGGCGCUGUGCUGCUGUGGGACAUGCGUGCGCCCCUUCUUCCUCUGUCCCCUCUAAGUGCCGCCUCCCGGCUCUUACCACCACCGCCCCCACGUCGCCACUAGCAGUGACAGGGUUCUCAUAA